AAAUCGGUAUAAAUACCGAGAAAUCGGUAUAGUUGGCAGCGCUGCAGCUCACUUACAACCACAAAUGCAAAUGAGAUUGGUUUGUUUUCAUCAGGAAACGAAUGCAUUAAACACAGUUCAGACGAUCAAUCAACUUCGGUCGACGUCCAGAUUGGUUUAUUAAUUUUAUUUAGCCGAAUAUUGCUCACGUAUCCGACGUUAAAAAGUUCCGUGAACUUGACGUAGUGUCCUUUCAUAUGAAUUGCUUACAAUUAAUGUUGUUGUUUCGUAAUCGUUCCAUUCAGGUGAUAGUCGCUUGAUGCUGCGUGUGAAUCGCUUUUACAUAUUGUUUUGUUUUCAUCAGGAAACGUGUUGGCCACCCAUUUUUCAGUAGGGCCACCGUUCAUUUUUCACCGGGCAUAGAAACCUCAGUUAAUCAUUGGUUUUCGAGUGCUCCCAAGAAUAUUCACAACAAUCAGCAUGCCGACGACCAUAGAAGAUUUACCGGAAGAAAUGCUGGUGGAAAUUUUCUCAUAUUUGAAAUUUGAAGAAUGCCUAACCGCAACAACUGUUUGCCGGCUCUGGUCCAGAUUGGCUCUACGUUGGAACGAAUUACGAGUGGUUUUGGAAUUCGAUAAAGGCACAAUCUAUCGCGCUCUGUUAGACAGUUCUAGACCAUACCGACACUUUUUCCUUUGUUGUGCAUUGUCUUGUGACCAUUGUGAUGAGCCCAAGGAUGAGCCGGCUCAAAUUUUGGCUAAAUUUUCGUCAACGAUUGAAACACUGGAAUUUUCUGAUCCGGAAUCAUUGGGUGAUUUCGCCGAGUUUCUAGCAAAAUUGACGACUUUCUGUACAAAUCUGAAGCGUCUUGCAAUCGUGUGGUACGGAUAUGGAUCACCUGGAUUCAAAUAUAAUUUUCAACCAUUGAAUGAAUUGAGCGAUUUGUAUUUGGGUCUCAUUGAUGAAAAUUUAUUAGAAAUUGACUUCCGGAAAGUGACACCGAACAUAACAAACUUGUAUUUAAGAAUCGAUCUUUAUUCCAAGUUAUCUCAACAAAUUCUGCAGCAUUUUAGUCCUCGAUUGAAAGAGUUGACGGUUGGAUUUCAUGCUGCGGACCAUUUAACAACUGUUUAUGAAAUGAAUUUUCCGCUGUUGAAAAAGUUACAUUUUUACGGUUAUGGUAUCACUUUAAAUCAUGAUUGGUUGCUAGAUUUGUUCACGGAGUUUUUCCGGCGAUGUGCCAAAUUGGAAAGCGUUACUCUUCAAAUGAAUGUCAACAUGCAGGAGCUAAAAAGCAUAGCACAGUUUUGUUGUAAUCUGCAAAGCCUUUGCUUUGGCAUUGCCGAGUUAUCCGAAGACUGUUUCCGAUGCCUCAGCGAAAUGCGUUGUUUGAAGUGCCUUAGAAUCGAGCAUACAACGAUCCAUGCUCACGAUUCAAAACACUCCAUUCGUUCAUUUAGUAAGCUACAAAUGCUUACGCUCUAUUGUGUUCGUGUCGAAAACCCAACGAAAUUUAAUACAUUUUUAUCCACUUUAUGUCCCGCACUCAUCACACUCGAACUUUUAAAGAUACAAUUUAAUACACAGACCCUAGAAAUUUACAAAGCUAUUUGCUUCAAUCUACUGAUCAAACGAUUGACCAUAAAGGAGGACUCUAUGAAAGUGAACGAGCUAUCUCAUUUCGCGUCCCUUCCGCAAUUGCGUGAGAUGAGGUUGGAUUUUUAUAUAUUUUAUGGUGAUAAUGAGGGUCCAUACGGCACUAGUCUCGACUCUAUUCGGAUUUUAAAACUCAACGCUGACUUCAACGUAACCGUGUUAAAACUCGUUCCCAAUUUGAGCCAGCUUUAUCUUAAAGGUCCCCGUUCAGAGGAAACAAUUCAAGCGGUAAGAAAACUACUACCACAUUGUGCAAUUACUUUCAAGAAGAAAUUGCGCAUCGUAGAGAGCAACGAUUAUUUUGAAGACUGAUAAAAUGAAUCAUAAAAUUUGGAUAUGUUGAACGUGAAAAAUGAAUCACCUGAAGCUUGUUCCGAUUAGAGAGAAAAGCAUUGAUGAAUAUUUAGUAACAUCGUAAUCUAGCAGUGACAGGAGAAAUGAAGAUAAUCGCCCUUAUUCUGAAUAACGUCGUAUCGUUUUUUCCCUCGUAUUUCAUUUGUACUCCCCAUAACGCCAGCAAAAUCAAAGGUAGCUAUGAUUCGAUCGAACCACAUUCGAUCGAAAAAUCUAUACGUCGUUAUUCAGAAUAAGGGCGAAUAUCAAUUAGUGAUGGGCGAGCGCUCACGAGCCGUUCAUUUGAACCGACUCGUAGUAUUGAGCGAACGAACCACGGCUCUUCAAAAUUGAACCGCGGCUCUCAAGCAGUUGCCAUUUUAAAAACUGCGUUUCAACUUGGAAAAUCUGUGUGCCUGUGCACGCCCAAAUUUGAUUGCGUUGUUUGUUAAAUGAUUAUGUUUUCUAAUGAAACUGUCAAAAAUACAUAGGAACAUUUAUUCAGCUGUGAAUUUUCAAAGAAUUCUGUCGUAAUAGGAGAAGAAAAAUAGAUUUUUUUCCAAAUGGAAUUUCAACUAAUUUUUCAAUAUCCCGCUUCCUCGCACACGGACACCUCUAGUUGUGAAACAAAUUUUAGAUCGCCCAUACCACUCAUGCAUUUCCGUGGCUCUCACACUCACUCUCUCGAAUCGCUUCUCCACAUUGACGUGUAUUGAAAAAGAGCCAAUGAGCCGUUCAAUUGAACCGGCUCUUACGAAAGAGCGUUCGGUUCAGAGCCGCUCAUUGAAAUGAGCCGUAUUGCCCAUCACUAAUAUCAAUCGCAUCGGCAAUCAAUGAGCGUCCUGGUGAGUAUAUCAAGCGAAUUUAAGUUAUGACAGAUCGGCUCUCAGACACUCAAUAUAUGAUGAUUGGUAGAGCCUGGUUGGCAGCAGUCCAGUGACAUAAACUUUCCAAUCUUCGUCGUGCAAAGUUGCUCGUUGAUAGUGACAUUUAGCAGCUCUGGGCACAACACGUUAGUUCAAGAACCUAACGUGUCAAACCAAACUAGUCAGCAAAGUGCAAGAACCCGGAAAGAACAAGAUCCUACCUGCCACGAAAUAAAAUACUACUUCUGUCAAUCAGUCUUCCUUGCCAUUGAGUAAUGACCAUAAUAAUCACAAGCCGUAAUAGUAGAAUAAAAUACACACUAAAUCCUUCGUUCAUGUUCCAUAGUUAAAAACAAAUCGGUUAAAGUUUGCAAAGAAAUAUCAUCACAUUGUAGGAGGAAAAAGAGACAAAAACCCAUAAAACUGGUAGUCACAGAAUGCGAAAUUAAGACAGGAUAAUUAGAUAAUUAAUAUGUUGAAUAAUUGAAGUCGUAAGCAAACAAACAAAACAAGUAUUUUCCGAUACCAACGCAACGCAAAACGCAGUGAAUUGAAUAAAACCAUUGAACAAGUUGA